CUAGAAAAUUAAAUUUUAAGUGAGAUACUAAACCAAAAUGAAUGAAUUUUAUUUUUUCUUGUGACAAUGUUUUGAUUAAGAAUGGUUGAACUAAUGAUUUGUAUAACACUCACAUCCUCCAAUCCUCUUCAUGCCACUCUUGACUAACAACCCUUUUUCACUUUUACAAUAUUUUUAAUAAAAAAUAAAAUAAAGUACCUCUUCAAUAAACCUUUUUCCAUUAAAAAAAUGAAGACCCCACUUGUAUAAUUAAAAAAGUAUAAAUACAAAAGAAAUACAAAAUGCCCCCAAAAUUUUUGUAUCAUAGUACAAAUACCUCACCACAUGUCAUAAACCCUUGAACUUUUGUAACAUCCCACAAUUUUUCUAUUUUUCUCAAAUUUAUAAAUACACCCACAAUUGAUAACAUUUUUACUUACUCACUACCAAAAAUUUUCAACUUUCUCUCUCUAAAAAUACUCACUUUCUCUCUCUAAAAAAUCCAUUUUUAUUUCUUCUUGCAUGGCAAUCAGCUUGUUAACCCAUGAGGUAUCUGACCUUUGCUUGGGAAAACCAGCAAUAAAAUCACUUUCUCUCUCCUCCACAACCACCAUUGCUGAUGCUCUUUCCGCCAUUAAAGCUUCUAAAGAUAGCUUCAUUAGCAUAUGGUCUUGCGAGUGUGAUGAACUACCCUUAAGUAAAAUUAAUAAUCAUAAUUAUCAAAACAAUAAUAAAGUUAAUUAUGAUUAUGAAUUUGGGUCGUCAUGUAAAUGUGUUGGGAAAAUAUGUAUGGUAGAUAUCAUAUUAUUUUUAUGUCAAGAAAAGAAUUUGGAAUCUCCUUCAUCUGCCCUGCUUUCCCCUGUUUCUGCCAUUUUGCCUCAAGAUUCUGCCUUUAUCAAACACGUGGAUCCUUCUACUAGCUUACUGGAAGCAAUUGAUCUGAUCUUGGAUGGUGCUCAAAAUUUAGUGGUGCCCAUACAAAAUACAGCUAGCUCGAAUUCGAGAAGAAAGCAGCAGAAAGCCAAGGGACCUACGAUCCAUAACGGUCGUGAAUAUUGUUGGUUAACCCCGGAAGACGUGAUCCAAUUCAUUCUAAGCCGGAUUGGCUUGUUUACCCCGAUCCCAAGCCUCUCAGUCGAGGAGCUUGGGAUCAUCCAAACCAACAUUCUUGCUGUGGAUUACCAUGCCCCAGCAGUGACUGCACUCGAGGCGAUUGCUCAAUCGUUAGUUGAGCAAAGCUCUGUUGGGGUGGUGGAUGAAGACGGGGUCCUUGUCGGGGAAAUUUCCCCUUACACCCUCUCUGCCUGUGAUGAGACUGUUGCAGCGGCGCUGAUGACCUUAUCUUCAGGGGACCUCAUGUCCUACAUUGAUUGGGGUGGUCCUCCUGAGGACAUCGUAAGUGUCAUGAAGGCGGGUUUGAAGGAGAAGAAACUAGAAGGGUUGCUAGAAUUGUUGGGUGAUGAGUACUCGUCAUAUUCUUCCUCCGCGUCCUCCUCAUCAGACGACGAGUCAGUGUCUUCUUCAUCAUCUACCUCAAGGCUUACACGGUAUAAUAGGUCAUGGAGCUACUCGGCUAGGCUAGUCAGGAAGGCGGAGGCAAUCGUUUGCCACCCCAAGAGUUCAUUAGUUGCGGUAAUGAUCCAAGCUAUUGCACAUAGGGUAAACUAUGUUUGGGUCAUGGAGGAUGAUUGUGGCCUUGUUGGAAUGGUCACAUUUCGCGACAUGCUAGAAGUUUUCCGAGAGUAUUUGGCAUCAAUGGUCGACGAGUGGGGUGCUUAGCAAGAGUUACUUGGAAUGAAGCACAAUAAAUAAAUAAGGAAUGCUUGUUUCCGUGGCUCGAACACCCAACCGAAACUUAGUUGGUUUUGUUUUGAUACCCAUGUAAUUGAGUAACUUAGCUUAUAUAAAAGAGUUAUUAGAGUUUCAAUUCGGAUUUCGGCUUCUCCCCUUUGGACUUGAGGUGCACAGUUGUGGUGAAGAGAACCUUAAUUAGCCUUUUGCUUUAGUAGGAGAGUUUAGCUGUUUUGUGAACUAAGGAUUAGCAUCUUGUGUUAUUAUUUCGUUCGUUUAAAAUUGUAUUUAUCUCCUUAAUUAAUUAAUUAUGUUUAUGUAUGUUAUUUUCAACAGUUAAUAUAUAAUAUUUUGGCCUUAUCUUGCGAUGGAAAA